AUGAAAAAAAUCAUAUAUCCACCCAUUUUCAGCGAUUAUGGGCGUGCGGCAUAUCUGUGCGUCCGCGCAGUGCGUAAGCCGAAGGCUCUUUGUCUGCCAAAUUUAGGGUUGGCAUUUUUUCAACAUGUUAAUAACGUGAUAUAUCAUUCUCGCCACGCUCAUAAUUAUAAUGGUAAUGGCGCUUAUUAUGGCCACGUGCCCGCUGUCGAGAUGAAGCUGAAACUCCUAUCCGAUAUGGUGUCGGAGGCAAUUGAAAUUCGGUUAUCGAAACAACAGUUAAUUGUAUCUCAUUUGCGGGACAACGGCGCAAUGAGUGUCGGCAUGCUUACUAUUACUUUCAGAUUCGAUACUCGAUAA